AUGAGCGGUUCGCAUUCAAACGAUGAGGAGGAUGACACGGUGCAGGUGCCCGAGACGUCAUCCCCGACUAAGACAGUGUCUUCGUCUCCCCUGAAGCCUGCUUCGUCGACGGUUUCAGACGCUGGGGUGGCCUCCUUGAGGAGCAGGUUUACUUUCAAGCCCUCGGAGCCGAACGAAGGGUCCCAUAUCUCGAAACCGCUCCCAUCGGGAAGCCCUGAAGUGGCCCUGGUCAACCUAUCGAGGGAGUUCCCUGAUUUCUCGCAGACACUGGUGCAGGCUGUUUUCAAAUCCAACUCCUUCAACUUGCAGUCUGCGAGGGACCGGCUUGCGAGAUUGAGGCAGCAGAGACAAAACUGGACAUGGAACAAGAACGCAUCUCCCAAGAAGCCAGAGACGCUGCCAGCUGCCAAGAAGGCAUUGCCGCUGGCAAACACCGGUCGCUUGUCGUCCAUUUAUGGCAGCACUAACAACAAAUCCUCCAAGAUCACGGUGGCCAAACAGAAAACCUCCAUUUUUGACCGUUAUUCAAACGUCAUCAACCAGAAACAGUACACUUUUGAACUGCCAAAUAACCUGAACAUAGACUCGGAGGCGCUGAGCAAGUUGCCCGUGAAUUACAACAAAAAAAGAAGGUUGGUGAGAGCAGAUCAGCACCCGAUGGGCAAAUUCAACGAGUUGGCUACCACACAAUUGGGCUCUGCAAGAGAAAAACUACUGGCGAACCGCAAGUACGGCCGCCAUGCCGACGACAAUGACAACGAUGAAGAGGAGGAAAGUAUGAUGACGGAUGACGACGAUGCAAGCGGUGACGACUAUAUGGAAACCACGCCUCAGGUAAACCUGGAUGACCAAGUUCUGCAGUUCAUUAACGAUUCCGACAUUGUCGAUUUGUCGGAUCUCUCGGAUACCGCGAUGCACAAGGCCCAACUCAUAGCUUCCCACAGGCCAUACGCUUCACUGGGCGCCUUCAUAGAUACAAACUUCAACGAUAAGGACGCUGAGGAGGGUGUAGCAAACAAGAGGAAAAGACGCUCGGCGGCAUCCGCCAACGAAAGUGAGAGAUUGCUCGAUAAGAUCACUCAAAGUAUUAGAGGUUACAAUGCCAUUGAGUCUGUGAUCAAGAAGUGUUCCUCCUACGGUGAUUUGGUCACUUCACAAAUGAAGAAAUGGGGGGUGCAAGUGGAAGGCGAUAACUCCGAGCUGAACUUAAUGAACCUUGAUGAGGAUGGCGACGAAGACGAUGAUGAUGACGGUGAUAGUAAUGCCGAUGCUGCUGCUGCUGCUGGCGCAGACGACAUCGGCAAGGACAAAGAGGAGCCAAAAGCCGUGGUGGAAGGAUUCGAUGAAAGCAGUGCGGAACCCACUCCGGCUCCAGAGGGAAGAGAAACCAAACGAACCAGAAACACAGCCAAGGCACAGGUAGAUGAACGCGAAGAAGACCUAGAUUUGGACGCAAUCGAUGACGAAUUGCCGCAGUCCGAACAUGAAGAGGACGACUAUGAGGAGGAGGACGAAGACUACAAUGACGAGGAGGGGGAAGACGUGGAAUAUGACGUUGGCGACGAUGAAGAUGACGAUGAUAACGAAUUCGUCGCCGCAAGAAAAAUCAGAAACGUAACUUCCACUACGAGCAGAAGCGGUCGUAAACCUAUUGUCAAAUUUUUCAAGGGCAAACCAAGACUGCUAAGUCCGGAUAUUUCACUGAAAGACUACCAACAGACUGGUAUCAAUUGGUUGAAUUUGUUGUAUCAAAACAAGAUGUCGUGUAUCCUUGCAGACGAUAUGGGUCUGGGUAAGACCUGUCAAGUCAUUUCCUUUUUCGCAUAUUUGAAACAAAUAAACGAACCGAGUCCUCAUUUAGUUGUUGUACCAUCGUCGACUCUAGAAAAUUGGCUGAGAGAGUUCCAGAAAUUUGCUCCUGCUUUAAAGAUAGAGCCAUAUUAUGGAUCUUUGCAAGAAAGGGAAGAAUUGCGCGAAAUCCUGGAGAGAAACUCUGGGAAGUACGAUGUUAUCGUGACCACUUACAACUUAGCUGCGGGCAAUAAAUACGAUGUUUCAUUUUUGAAGAAUAGAAACUUUAAUGUUGUGGUUUACGAUGAAGGCCAUAUGUUGAAAAACUCCACUUCAGAGAGGUUUGCCAAAUUGAUGAAAGUUCGUGCGAAUUUCCGUCUUUUAUUGACCGGUACACCGUUGCAAAAUAACCUGAAGGAGUUGAUGUCGCUGUUGGAAUUUAUUAUGCCUAAUCUUUUCAUUUCCAAGAAGGAAUCGUUUGAUGCAAUCUUUAAACAACGUGCCAAGACCACAGACGAUAACAAAAACCACAACCCGCUAUUGGCGCAAGAAGCAAUCACGAGAGCAAAAACUAUGAUGAAGCCGUUUAUUUUGAGAAGACGUAAAGACCAAGUGUUGAAACAUCUGCCACCAAAGCACACGCAUAUCCAGUUUUGUGAACUGAACCCUGUGCAAAAGAAAAUAUACGACAAGGAAAUUCAAACCGUGUUGGAACAUAAAAGAAUGAUUAAGGAUGGGGAAUUGCCGCAGCAGGCAAAGGAACGAUCCAAAAUACAAUCUUCCAGCUCUAAAAACUUAAUAAUGGCGUUGCGGAAGGCUUCCCUUCAUCCACUUUUAUUUAGAAAUAUUUAUGACGAUAAAAUGAUAGGCAAAAUGAGCGACGCCAUCUUGGAUGAGCCUGCAUACGCUGAAAACGGUAACAGGGAAUACAUUAAAGAAGACAUGAGUUAUAUGACCGAUUUUGAAUUGCACAAACUCUGCUGCAACUUCCCCAAAACGUUAUCCAAAUAUCAACUCCACAAUGAUGAAUGGAUGCGGUCCGGUAAGAUCGAUGCUCUAAAAAAACUGCUGAAAACAAUCAUAGUUGACAAACAGGAGAAAGUCCUGAUUUUCUCGUUAUUCACUCAAGUUCUGGAUAUUCUGGAAAUGGUUUUAUCCACGUUAAAUUAUAAAUUUUUAAGAUUGGAUGGGUCCACGCAAGUGAAUGAUCGACAGCUAUUGAUCGACAAGUUUUAUGAGGAUAAGGAAAUCCCGAUUUUUAUCUUGUCGACAAAGGCAGGCGGGUUCGGUAUCAACUUGGUGUGUGCGAAUAACGUUAUUAUAUUUGAUCAAAGUUUCAACCCACACGACGAUAGACAAGCCGCCGAUAGAGCACAUCGUGUGGGGCAAACCAAAGAAGUCAAUAUAACCACAUUUAUCACCAAGGACUCCAUAGAGGAAAAAAUUCAUCAACUGGCCAAAAAUAAACUAGCUUUGGAUUCAUACAUAAGUGAAGAUAAAAAAUCCCAAGAUGUCUUGGAGAGUAAAGUUAGUGAUAUGCUGGAGGACAUAAUCUAUGAUGAAAACUCGAAACCAAAGGAAAAAAAAUAA